CAUUUUCAAUUGUUUUUGCUAGCACCAAUAGCGGACACAUCUGUACACAUUCCCAAAUUUGUUUCGCCUAUAUAAACAGUGUCUUGAACAAGACUAUAAGGCACAAAUAUUCACUGAAAGCACACUAGCAAUUUGUAACUUGGCUUCAAUUUCAAACAUAUAUCCUAAGUUGUACUAGCUAGUCAAAGAGAAAAUGGCAGAGCAAAAAGGUCACUCAGAGGAGACAAUCAGCAAGGGUGUAGCUCGAGAGACUAAUGAUCGUGGAUGUGGAUUGUUCAAUUUCAUGGGAAAGAAAGAAGAAGACAAGGCCCACAAUGACACUAUCAUCAUUGACACGCCGGCCAAUGUGGUACAACCAAAGGAGGAGAAACAGAGUCUCAUGGAAAAACUUCAUCGCACUCACAGCAAUUCUAGCUCGUCAAGCGAUGAUGAGGAAGUAGAAGAGGGUAGUAAUGGAGAGAAGAAAAGGAAGAAAAAGGGACUUAAAGAGAAGAUGUCCGGUGAUCAGCAAAAAACUGAAUUGAUUCCCAUGGACAACUGCCCUGCUCCUAAUGAAAAUGCAACACACGAAGAAGACAAGAAAAUAGGAUUUAUGGACAAGAUCAAAGAAAAACUUCCAGGUCACCACAACAAGACUGAUCAAGAAGUAGCUGUCGAUGCCCCUGCUGCUCAUACUCCUUUAGAUGAACAAGUCCAUGGAGGUGAAACAAAAGAUCAGAAGAAAGGAUUGCUUGACAAAAUUAAAGAGAAAUUGCCUGGUCAUGGCCACAAGAACAACGAUGACGAAGAGAAACACAAGUCUAACUGAAAUUGAGAAUUAAUCAUCUAGCUUCUGCACUACAUGCAGAUUCCAGUUUAAUUUCACUUGUGUGAAUUCGCUUUUUAAAUCUUUUUAUUUGCUUUAGUCGCGUGCCAUUGCUUUUCUAUUGUAUCUUUCAAUUCCAAGUGAAUGAAAUUCUCUGUUGUGUA